AUGGAUACGAGGUUACUGUUUUCUUUCCUACGGUGUCCCUCACCUUUUUAAGCCAUGGAUUCCAAAACACAGAUAGAAAUUGUCGGCUUAAUUAAAGACAGUCAGUUCCAUGUGGCCAAAAGUAUCGCUGAGGAACUAAAACAAAAGUUUCCUGAGGCUUUUUUGGAUCCAAAAAUUGAUCCACUCCUUGAAUUUGACUGGCACACAUACUUGUGCAACAAGAAAAAGGAGCUGCGUGGUGAAGUGUGGCAGUACUCCAGCAGCCUUAUGUGCUUUCUGAAUGGCAUCCUCCUUGGCAAUGAAAAAGAUCUCGCCAGCUGGGCCAACAAUCAGUGGAGCUUCUCUUUCACUCGGCCUCAAGCUUUUUAUAUGGCUCUCGCUGAGGACUACUAUAAGAAGCACUUCCAGAAAACUGGGCAUCGGUUUGUCUUCAUGGACAUUGAGAUAGCAGGAGAAGCGGUAGGGACGUUAUUGUUCGAGUUGUUCUCAGACGUGUGUCCAAAGACAUCAAAGAACUUUGAGGCUCUGUGCACUGGAGAGCGAGGACAGUCGCCGAGUGGCCUCCCGCUCUGCUACAAGGGAACACUGUUUCAUCGGAUUGUGCCCAACGGCUGGGUGCAAGGUGGAGAUAUUUCUCCCCAGAGUAAAGGUAAUGGAGGCGAGUCGAUCUAUGGACCAACUUUUGAAGAUGAGAGUUUUGCUAUUUCCCACUCUAAACGUGGCAUUCUAGCAAUGUCCAAUAAGGGACCUCACACCAACGGAUCCCAGUUCUACAUCACACUACAGCCGACACCCUGGAUGGACAAGACAUACGUUGCUUUUGGUCAAGUGGUCGAGGGUGUCGAUGUCCUGAGGAGACUGGAAGAGGCACCGACUCGUAAUGAAAGACCCGAAUAUGAAUGUAAAAUUACAGGCUGUGGAGUAUUUAAUCCGUAGCUCCUAAGCAUUAAUGACUGGUGCCCUUUGUUCAAAAAGUUUUUUUUUUAAUGUCGUAGAAACAGUAAAAUAAACACAAGAUACAUGUACAACUUGACUCACAUUGUUUUUGUCUACAAAAUUAUUCAUCUUAUCUCAUCAUUAUCUUAUAUAUUAUUUGUAACAUGAUUUUAAGGAAAUUAAGCUGAUGUUCUCAUGUCUGGGGAAUUUCUAGCAGUUAUUGUUUCUUUUUAUUUUAUUUACAACUAAACCUAUCAAGAAGCUGCAAAAUUAACACAGACAAUAUUUAAGGUGGGAGGGAGAAUUUUAAUUGAUGUCAUGGUUUUCUAGGAAUCCCACAGUGUAUAUCCUCUGUUAUAAGUACAUACAGUCCUUUACGAAGUGAUAUAGUCACUGUGUAUGUAUGUAUUUACUUACUGGGACAUCAUAG